AAUACACUAUUUUUAGACAUUAGUGGUAGAGUUGAAGAAAUUUUCUGAGUGAGAAAACGUUUGCCUAACAGCUUUUAAAAGUCUAAUAUCAUACUUGUAUCCCUCCAAAUUAUUAAUUAUUGAAGUCUUACAGAAUGCCUCCGAAGAAAACGUACGAGUCUUAUGACUCGGAAUCUGAAGGGGAUUCCCAGUCUGGGAAGAAGCGUGGGAGCAAGCGACAAAAACUGGACAAGAACAGCGAUGAGUACAAGCGACGACGAGAGCGCAACAACGUUGCCGUCAGAAAAAGUCGGGAAGCCAGUCGUCAAAAGGCCAAGGACACCAUGGAGAGGGUGGCGCGUCUGCGUGAGGAGAACAAGGCCCUGGAACAGAAAGCGACAAUUUUAAAUAAAGAGUUGGGGGUUCUGCGGGACCUCUUCCUCACACAUGCAACAGCGACCGCGGCCGUGCAGUCUAAGACAUUCUUAAAGAAGGAAAAUGACGGCGACAUAUCGGAAACCUCCAUCAAGUCUGAAAGUAACAGUAGUGAUCACUUGCAUCAUUUUUUCACAAGCAAUUAAAGUUGUGGAUUUUAGCAGACCAAGUAAACUCAAAGUUGAUGAUUCUAGACUACUGCCUUCAAUCUCGAUGGACCAAUAUUCAGCUCAGUGGUGUCACAUGGCCGCGCUCAAGGUCUGUGUGAACCGUGACCUGUCAUGGUGUGUCUUAUAUGACGUAAUGUGUCUUGAGACUUGUCAUUAUCAUUCAAAUGCACAUAUAAGGACGCCUCAUCAUUCCGCUAGCAUAUAACAUUAAAUAUCAUACAUUAUGUUACUAUGGAAUUUUACGUCUUUUAUCAUACCCAUAAUGCAAUCUGAACUACCAUAAUUAAUAUUUAUUGCUGAUUAUUUAUUUUAAAAACUCAACAAACUAAAUUUAAUAACUUAAUUAUUAUAAUAUUGUUCUAAGAGAAAAAAUUAAAUUUUUUUUUAAUUAUGUCAUCUUUCUACGACUAUACUGAACUAUAUUGAGUUUUUUUAAAUUUACUGUAUAGUAGGCCUACUUCUUGUAAAAGUAUUUUGUCCAGGUUAAGCCAAGGUACUGGUAAUAAUUCUAUGACCAAAAGCAUGAUGUGAUUAAUGGUUGUUUUAUCCAUUACAAGUAAAGAUUAACUAACUGAAGAAAAUGUAUCAACAAUUAAAAAUGUAUAUUUAGAAGUUGAUGAGCUAGUAUCAUACAUCAUUCAUCUGUACAUAUCAAAUCCAUACACUAUUUCCUUGAUUACCUUGUCUAAGACAGAUUCCCACAUAAGUUAAAAUGGGAGUCUGGUCUACAUAGGAGAAUCCAGUCCUGAUUUUUAUAUAAAUAGAAUCAUAAACAAACAAAACUGAUGAAACUUCUCAGGGUUAAAAUAAAGUCAUCAGAUAGAUAAGAAUUUAACACAACAAUACAUUUUUUUGUAAGUUUUAUAGAAUUCGUUGAGUUUAUGAUGGGAUUUUUAUUUAUCUUUAUUGGUUCUGAGAUUUAAAUUUUUACUAAUAAGUUUUAAUCAACUUUUUACAAUGUGAAGGUUAACAUUUUACAUUAUUUCAUUUGAACUACUUUUAGGGGAUAAUACCACCUUUUAAAUCAAUUUGUUAUAAAAUGUGUGUAACGAAUUGGCCAAUUUAAUUUUUAAAAUUUCUCGUGAUGUUGAAAUAAAAAGAUGUUUGCUACUUUUUGUGGUAAUAAUGUGAAGUCUGUGGAUGUUUGUGAUGUUUGGACCAUGUGAUAGAAGCUUGUGAUUGUCAGUUCAGGUACAUACAUGUUACCUGUCAGGUAGAUUUACACACGUUACCUGUCAGAUACAGGUACAUACAUGUUACCUGUCAGAUAAAGGUACAUUUACAUUUGUUUGUUGGUAAAGCACCUUUAUUGAGGCCUCUACCAUGUGUCCAAAUCAAUUAUUGGCACA